CAUUAACUUCAUAGUCAUUUUAGUAAAUAAAAAAAGGAAUGUUAAAUCACGUUAUAAUUGAGUUGUAUUUUUAUAGAAAAGUCACCACUGUUGCGUUAAAAUAAAGUUGAAAGUGCCUGGUGUUUCUGGAGUACCGACAAUAGGGCAGUUUACCCUGCGUAAUAAUAGUAUGUAACUACCGUAAAAUGGGUCUAUUUAGCUCCAAAUUUGAAAUUUAAUUUAAAGUUUAUGUUUUCUUUUUUAUUUUGAUGUUGUGGUAAGUAUCUUGAGAUAUAAAUAUGUCGAUUUAAAGUAGACCGUCACAUUACAUUUAAAUUAGGUUUUGAUAUAGUUAUCAUAUAUAAAAAAAAUGAGUACAAUUACCUAGUGGGGAGCAAAGUAGGCCAUUUUACGGUACUUAACUAUACAGUAGACCCUUUUUAAAUCUAGUAUAUGAAAGGAAGGCUUCCUGAUAUCCGAACGAACGUAACUAGGUAGGUAUACAAAGCACUAAGUGUUUACCCCUGACAACAUAGCAGCGAAUUAAAAUAAAAAUAAGUUUAAAAAAAAUAUCAUUUUUAGGAGGUACAAGCUCUUAUUGCUAAUUGAACUUUUCUUUUCAGGGGCAAUUAAUUUUCAUUGGGACAAUUGUAACGACUCCAGACACAAUUCGUUUGUGUUGUUUUAUCCCAGAGAUCCCAUGGCCACCUCCUGUCACCUGUCGCCAUUAUCAGAUCAGCUCCAUGUCAUCAUAAAAUUGCAUUGUCAUCCGAUUUUCAGCUCAAUCGGAAAUCGGAAAGUGGGUCCAAUCUAGCUUCCAAGAUUUGACCCACACUAACAGGGUAAAUUAAUUAAAAGCUUGUAAAAAUAUGAUUGCACUGAUUUGAAUUAAGUAUGUGAAAUAAUAAUUAAUUCAAAUUAGUCUCACUCAUUACAUCUUGCUUGCACCAAUAAGCGACUUAUUUGCAGUUAUUGAUGUAGACAUGACUUAAUGUAUGUGUAGGUAAGGUACCUACACAGGUAGGCCUUCUUCAUCUGCCUCUAUCGCUUUAAUCCGCAAGAGCGAUAGAGACAGACAACGAAAUUUCGAUUUUCGUUUUUCGCGGUAGGACCUCUGGUAUAAUUGCUUUGAACUUUGUUACAGUCUUUGUUAAUAUACCAGAAACGGAUCAUGAUCAAUACUAGACAUUUGAGCCUACGACCUCCAAUUCGAAAGUCUACCCUUGUUAGAAAGGUUCUAAGCGAAUUUUUACUCUUCUCUUCUUCCUCGCGUUGUCCCGGCAUUUUUCCUCGGCUCAUGGGAGCCUGGGGUCCGCCUGACAACAAAUCCCGCGAUUUUGGCGUAGGCACUAGUUUUUACGAAAGCGACUGCCAUCUGACCUUCCAACCCAGAAGGUAAACUAAGCCUUGUUGGGAUUAGUCCGGUUUCCUCACGAUGUUUUCCUUCACCGAAAAGCGACUGGUAAAUAUGAAAUGAUAUUUCGUACAUAAGUAACUUAUGUACGAAAUAGUCAUUGGUACGAGCCGGGGUUUGAACCUGCGACCUCCGGAUUGCAAAGCGCACGCUCUACAGCGCUUCUUCUAAACGAAUUUUUACAUGACGACAAUUUUCAAAUCGUGUCGCUGUCGUGAGCACGGCGCGACCCCCGACUGCGUAGAAGAGCAGCGCGCAAGCGCGACCCCAUCGAUCCCCUACUCCAGCACAAGCCAUCAUUCGUCCGGCGUUAUUUAAUUGAUUCGGAAUGGGCCCCCAAGAAACUCUGGUUUUGGCGAUAAGCAUCGUCGGGGCAAUGGGGUUUAUCCCCCAUGGUUCUAUUGGGGAAAAGGAGCCUAUGCUAACCGAAGCUUUACUUCGUGAAGUGGUAGAGCGCAUGGGAAAGGAGUUCAACGAGGCGGCGUCAGGCUACCUGGAGUUUCCUCCGAGCGAACGCCAUUUGGCGCUCAUGGCGCGCGCCUCCAAGGACCUUGAGAAUGAGCAGCUGGACUACGACUCGCUGAUCAAUGGCGAUCCUAGCCCGAGCUUGCGCGAUCAGGAGUACCUGCAACACAGCUCCCUCUGGGGUCACCAGUAUGUAACUGGCGGCGCUGGCGAGGGCCAGCAGCGGCUGCAGCCGGCGGGGUUGGUCCCCAACCGUCAGAUGGUCAAGACCGAUGCCGUGCUGCCUGCCUACUGCAAUCCACCCAAUCCCUGCCCCGUCGGAUAUACUGAAGACCAAGGUUGCCUCAUAGAGUUCGAGAACACGGCGGCAUUCAGCCGCGAGUACCAGCUGUCGCAGCGCUGCAUGUGUGACGCGGAGCACAUGUUCGGCUGCCCCGAGCCCCAGUCCGACCUGGAGCUCAGGUUCCCUGAGCACAAAAACCUCGUGGCCAAGAAGUAUAAACCCGAUGUAGAAAACCCGUAUCUCAUGGGCGAACGCCUUCCGAUCGCAGCCAAAAAAGUUAUUAUUGCCACGCACUCACUCAGCACGGAAAAACGAACUCGCAUGACUUCAGAUAGAAUGACAUAUGGAAAUAAGGUCGUCGACAUCCGGAAUGAAGAUGGCACAUAAAGAAGAAGAAGACACUCAUUAUAGUCAUAUUUGAAAGAGUAACAUUUGAGGUUAUUUUGAUCGUAAUUGAGUAAUUGGACCUUAGUAGGAAAGUUUUAACACUGGUUUUACUGCAUCACAGUCAAAUACGUCAAACCUGAACUAUUGACGACAACAUAAGUGUAAGGUUAAUUCCAGUUAAGCAUAAUAUUUAAUUAUUACCAUUUACCAAAAUAUAACAAAAAUAUAUCAAUUUUAUUAGAUUUUUACAAAACAAAAAUAGUCGAAUAUAUGCGGUGUUAUUGCCUCUAAAUAGUUAAAAUGAAACAUAGUACAUUUCGAUGCUAGUGCGGAAAGUAUGUCAUUACUCACGAGUACCGAGAUAUCUUGCAAGACAAGGGACGAGUGAAGAAUGACAUUUCCGCACGUGUAUCGAACGACGUUUUUUUAAUACAGUUGCGAAAAAAUAAGAAAACAACAAGUACUGUUUUAUGCAUGUUCUAUAAGAUAGAAAUAAUUGUAAAUAUAAAAUAUUACACUAUUUUUACCUAAGUAUCGUUAUUUACGAUUAUUUGUGUAUCGUAUAUUUAAAUUGGAUGAAAACAAUAUCGAAUGUUGCCUUUGGAAACAAAACAUUCUUGCAGUAAGAAAAAACGCCUCUGCUUUGACAGGCGUUUCACCAGCUAUUCCGUUCCAUUCAGACAACUUAUUAAGAACGGUUUUUCAAUAUUCAAUAUUAAAAAAUAAACGUGUUAUAAUGAUGAAGAGGUAAGUAAUAAUUUAUGAAAUAUUCUUAUAUUUAUUAUUUUUACAUUAACAGUAGGUUUUUAUCUUGAUUACGACUUUUAAAGGAAACUAACAUUAACACUCAUCAAUAAGUAGCAAUGAAUUGGGACAAGUGGAAAAAGAAAAAGCACUAGUUCACGAAAUCCAACUUUCCGCACGCUAAACAGCUAUGUAAAGUAGCACUUUUUUAGCAACUGUAUUAAAAAUAAGCAUUUGGUCACGCGGCGUAAGUCAGUGCACACGCAGUAAGUACGUAUGGAAAAGUAUGAGUUUUUUUUAUUGCAAAAUAUAAUUGUUAUGUAAUUAGUCCUGCUGGUCAUAUUAAGUAUGUGCGCGUUAACAAACUUACAUCUACAAUAGACUAUUAAGUCGACGACAUCAAGGCUAUACUCUAUUGAAACAAAUAACUAGUCAUUAAGUUAAAUAUUCCUAAAGAAUUAAGAUAAUUAAUAUAAAUAUAAAAAUAAGUAGGUAAUAUAUACCAUGUGUAAUAUACACUCACUACUAAGUAACCCUGUAAAAUGCCAAGUGCAUGCAGACGAGUCGCUCUAGUCAAACGAGUAGAUGUAAAUAAUUAGUACAAAGUAAUGAUAUAUUUUUUUAAGAAAAUGAAUGUAACUUGGGAUUGGGAUACGACUUUACGAUUUGCAAAACAAUCAAAGACCACUAUUAGAUAAAAAUAUCGCUCAGGUUUCAAACUUCUGCUGUAAAAUCAUGUAAUCAUUUUGCGAUUACUCAUUUUACAGAGGUAUGGAUACCGAUCCAGAGUAAAAUUAAUAAAUUUAUUAUUUAGGGUAGGUAAUAAUCAGAACCGGAUAAACAGUUCAGAUUCAGAGUCACCUAGUUCCUACUGUUCUUAGCAAAGUCGUAUCUCCGAAAAAAAAAAUUGAAUAAGGAUCCUUGAAGCAACAUUAGAUUUUAUUGAUAUUCAAUGUAAUACAUAUUUAACGUGGUCGUUAAUGCAUAAGAAUAUAUAUGUAUAUUUCAUCGUCAAAAUUAUACGUAGUAUUUUUUUAUUGUCUAGUUACGUCAUUUGUAAUAUUGGUUAAAUAAAACAACCAAAGUCUUUAGCAUAUAUAUAUGUAUAUGUGUGUGUGUGUGUGUGUAGGUACCAGUUCUUUUAUACAUUGUGUUUAGUGUUAUUUAAGUUUAAGUGAAUAAUAGAUCGUUACCCGUUUACAUUCUAGUCAAAAAGUGUCAUUGUUUACGUAGUCAUUAUAUAUUCCUACAGUACAUAAAGCUAACCGACAUACCUCUUUACAAAACUUACUGGAAUUACUAAUAUAUACUAUAUAUUACUAACCGAACUAUACCGUCUUAAAAUAUCCCGUAUUUAAAAAUCAGCAUAUCAUUUCAGCUUAAGUUAAAUGAAAUAUCAUUUAUUUUCAGGCAACUAAAGCCCGUAGAUACCUUACAAACUAACAUACAUAGGUACAAUAAUAAAAAUCUAAAAAUCAUUUUAGCGAUGCAGUUUUCUGUUGCGCCACGUGUUCCGCCACCGGUUCCCUUAUUUCUAUUAUUUAAAAAUAGUUAAUUUCAUUUAAAAUAUUCUAUAAAAUAUUAGGGUAAUAAUUAUUCUUACAUACGGGUUAGGUAGAAUUUUGUGUCAGCAUGAGGACCUUAGAAUAUAAAAUCGGUGUCCUGCUUCUCCUGAGGGCCUAGCCAAGAUGAUAAUCCUUUGCAGAAAACGGAACGGAACGCUAUCAUUUCCAUACAUUAUUUACGUUUAUCUAAGCGUUUCGUUUCGUUUUCUGUAAACGAUUAUAGUAUCUUUACUCUUGACUUAACUAGGCCCCUUGAUUUCCUGUGUAUACUCUUGGAACUGACUAUAAGUCAAGGUCUGUAAAUUGACCCGAUGCAUUACAUAGUACUGUAUAAUUAAUAGAUUGUCAUAAACAUAUAAGUACAAGCAAAAAUAGUUAAAUGUUCGUAGUUGUUUAAUAUUUCAACAAAAUUGUAUAUGAGUGAGUACGUGCGAUACUAAUUUCCUAUUGAAUAAAUAAAAGUCUCUGUAUUAUAACAAUAAUGCCUGUCAAAAAUAUUGUGAAAAUGUAGGUUUUAAUUUAAAUGCCGAUAGGAAAUAAAUUAUUAUGAAAAGUAAUAAUCUGAAACUCCUAUUUAAUUAAUCAUAAUACAAUAACCAUUUAACGAACUGUUUAAGAUGUAUUUCAAUAAAUCAACCUGAAUAAAAAAAUGUAUAAUCCCACAAGUUAAGUGCCGAAUGACUUAGUCUUACAUUGUCUUAGUUAGACUAAAUGAAAUGAAUGAACUGAAUUCUUUACUUUUUUUUUUUUAAUUGUCAUGUAGCUGGGUUAAGAUCUGAUAAAAGCAUUAUUUAAUUUAUACUACUUAAGGUGCUACUUUACUGCACAAGUGGUAUAAUUAGCAUUACGUUAUAAUUUUAAAAAUUAUAGGGCCAUAUGUACUGUACAUUGUAUGAUACAUAUGCGAAUGGGCAAUUCGCUAUUCCUGUUUUACACUUGUACCGUAAUGUACUAUUAAUUGAUCACUUGUAAUUUUAUCGAACUUUUUGUAAUACUGAAAUAGGUUACCAGGUUUUUGGUAGCUGUAGCUACAAGUUGUCGCCCUUAUUACUUAAGGCAGUCGAGUACAAUGACAAACAUCAAGCAAGUGGGUCGUUGUGUGAUCAGUAUUAAUUAGUGUCCGAUUAUGUGGGAAAAUAAUUGGGUAGCUACUACAAAUUAUAAAAAAAGAAAACACUAUUUUUCUGAUGAUACGAGGGUUGAUUGAAAAAUUCGCGGCCUGGCCAAUUAAAAAAAAAACUUUUUUCUUUUUUCUGUCGUCAUUUUGAACUGUCUUCCCGCGAAAUUUCAAUUGGCGUCUAUAUUUAAAAGCAAUUUUACGGCAUAUUUAAAGUUGCGUGUCGGUAGAUAUCGUGAAAAUGGAGAAAUUACAGCAGCGUGCUGUGAUUAAAUACCUGCAUAAAAAAGGAUUGAAUUUAUGAUGAUAUGCAAAGUACAUUAGGGCAAUCCUGUCCAUCAUAUACGAUGGUGAAAAAAUGGGCAGCAGAAUUCAAGCGUGGACGAGAUAGUAUCGCAGAUGACCCUCGUCCCGGGAGGCCAACAACGGUGACUAACACAAUGUGGCAAUAAUAUGCGAAAUGAUAAUGAAAGACCGGCGAUUAAAGGUUCGGGAAAUAGCUGACAUCGUAGACAUCUCUUAUGAAAGAACUCAAAAUAUUAUAGUCAACGAAUUAGGUUUUUCCAAGGUGUCGGCGAGAUGGGUCCCGAGGCUUCUUUCAGUGGAACAAAAAAUCGCUCGCCGUACUAAUUCACGUGAAUGUCUAGACCUGUAUGAAGCCGAUACUCAAGACUUUUUGGACAGAUUUGUAACUAUGGACGAGUCGUGGGUCCACCACUAUACACCAGAGACCAAACAGCAAUCGAAGCAGUGGGUUUGUCCUGGAUCUCCGCCUCCCAAAAAAGCCAAAGCAAUUUUGUCGGCCAAUAAAGUCAUAGCAUCUGUUUUCUGGGAUGCAAAGGGAAUAAUAAUGGUUGACUAUCUCCAGAGAGGUAAAACUAUAAAUUUCUACUAUUAUUGCGAGUUAUUACGCAGAUUACGCGAGGCUCUGAAGAUUAAAAGACCUGAGAUGUUGACAAAGAAAGUUAUCUUCCACCAGGACAAUGCACGUGUUCACACGUCACUAAAAACGAUGGUGGAGAUUGCCAAAUGUGGGUUUGAAUUAUUGCCCCACCCACCCUAUUCACCCGAUUUAGCACCAUCGGACUUUCAUCUGUUCCCCAAUUUAAAAAAAACAUAUGGGUAGUAUGAAAUUUUCAAGCAACGCCGAGGUCCAAGCUGAGGUGAAUGCCUAUUUUGAAGGUCUCGAGGAAAGCUUCUUCAAAAGUGGUCUAAUGACUCUGAAAUCCAGAUGGAACAAGUGCAUUCAACUCGACGGGGACUAUGUAGAAAAAUAAAAAUAAAUUAAAAAACCUCUGUUUUGUUUUUAAUAUUCAGGCCGCGAAUUUUUCAAUCCACCCUAAACUUAAUUGCAUUAUUUUAUUAGCUAUAAUUUAAAUCAUAAGUUAAGGAUUACCUUUUCAAUAUUACAUUAUUAAUAAGUGUCAUAAUCUUAUACAAUAUAAAAGUAAUAAAUUAAGGUUAUACAUAUAUAAAAAAUAAUACCUACGGUAAUAUAGUAAUAAUUUGUAAAUUUGCCAAUGAACGGCAAACCGUACAGCAAAGACCAAAGACAUUUAUUUGCGAGGGUUGAACGAAGGAAAGUAUAUCUCUUAUAAUUUUGUCUGUCACCUUUUUUACUUGAGUGUAUUGUCCUUAUUGUUAGCUUUCAUGUCGGGAAUGCUGCACUAUUAGACAUAUUACGGACCCAAGCUAAUUAGUUAAUUUAGCUGUAUUUUGAAGUGAUCUUAUUAUUCCAUCGAAUAAACCAUAUCAUCAUGCCUCAAUACAGUUAAUUUAACAAAAUAUUCAAAUCACAUGUUUUAUGGCUACAUUUUGCUUGUUUUAUUUUUUCGUCUUGGUGCGGUAUGAGAACAAGUAAGUAAUAGGCUUCUAAUUAUUUUUUAAAACAAUUUCUUGUGUCAAGUAUUUUUGUGUAAACCUUAUUUAUUAAGAAUUAUUAUUAAUUAAUUAAUCCCUAAAAUAACUUUGUAGAGGUUUCGCACGAAAACGAACGGAAUUAAACGUGGGCUUCCGGCUAAGAGAAGAUCUUAUCUCAAAUUACCUUAUUCAUUUGUAUAAUUAACAUGUACUCAUUAUAUGUAAGUUAUGUUAACCUUUUGUGGUUUACCUAUUUAAUCACAUUAUUCAUUUACUAAGUUGCUUGGCACGCCUUAGAAAAUAAGAGCUGUACUUUUUGUAUAUGAUGUCUUUCAUCCCUCGUUGUUUGUAUUUAUUAAUAAUAGUGUAUGUUACACUACAAUAUUAUACCGCACCACAUAUUGUAAUAUAUACACAAUAACGUAAGCAUUGUAGUUAUGUAAUGUAACUAUCAUAAAAUGGGGUCAUGUGCAUAUAAAACAAGUUAUAGUUAAGUACCAAAAAAACAUACUAAAUGUUUGCUAUGCUUAUGUACAUGUAUUUUGUAAAUUAUAUACUUUCUAAUCAUCAUUUAUAGAUUUAAAUUUUACUCUGUAAAUUUGACAGAGUCGCAACUUAAUUGAGAGCAAGGAAUGCAAUACCAGGAUCCUGGAAUACCGGAAUCCCGCAUGCGGAUUAAUCACGCCCGUAAAAUAAGUGGUAUCCCGCGAGAUUUGACGUAUUGUGGAGUGACCUGGUUCGCACGUGUUAUUUCUUUGCGGAGCCUAGACGCAUCUGCGGGGCAAGGGGAUAAGGCCGAAUAAGCAGAGGUUUUGACAAAUCUUAGCUUUUUAUUAGAUCAUAAAACUGUUAUCAUCAUUAGAUCAUAAUAUGCCAAAAAAUAAGAGUCAAUCUUGAGGUCUUACUCUAGUAACUUCAUCGAUUGAAAACCUGACUAUACAACUUUCGCUCAAAAAACACUGACAACAUUGGUCUAAUACGCAGCAUUAAACAUUUGUAACUAUUUUUUCACAAAAACUAUUAACAUGAAAAUUGUUUCUAAGAUGUGUAAUUUUAUUUUUGAUCGAACUCAUCAAUUACUUUUUUUUUGUUAAAACACUACAUAUACCCGCGAUCUCAUGCACGCACGGCCAUCCGCUCAGUGCUCAGCGAACUACGUUCGGAGAAGGCCCUGAACUCACGGCGCCUUAAACCUUCCAAUUUAGUACCAGUUCAUAGUACAAUUAUGUGAAAUCGUAUACUAAUUUGCGGGAUCCUGCAAAUACAUAUAAAAAUAAUCCCGAGAAUUGGCGCCCACACUAAGUUUUUUUGAAAGCGACUUACAUCUAACCUCUCAUUCUUCCUGGGCUUAGCCAGGUACUCUUGCGUUGUUCACGUAAGAUCAACUGGCAAUAAAUACCUUUUAGUAAUAAUAAUUGACUCGAGUCGGGGUUUAAACUCAUAAGCGAGUGUUUGGAAGAAGAAGAAGAAACGAAUGGUCUACAACUCAGCUACCAAAAGUUUUUGUAGUAGCUGUUUUUAACUAAAUAAAUACAUCACUUUUAAUAAAUAUUUAAUUUCUUUUCCACCGACUUGAAUUUCAUAGAAGGGGGAGGUUCUGUAUUCGGUUUUGGCCAUUUUUUUAUGUACUGUCACCGAUUACUCUGACCUGUGGUGGUAGUGGUCUUACCCGUGGUAUGAUUUAAGUAUUUUUUUGUUUUAAAGAAACUACCUCCAAGGUGGUCUCAUAAUAUUUUUGAUUCUGAUCUGAAUCCACGAGGAAUUGAGGGAACUCCUCAAUUUUUACAGGCAUAUUGUAUGGUGAUUUGACUGUAUUCUUAAGCAACUCAAGCAUUGUCCUCUCGAAAACUAUUAAUUUGAUGUAGUGCAAUUGUAGCCUUACCACGAGUUGACUCUACAUAUUCGCUGACGUGUUCGUAUCUUACUUACAUACAUACAUACAUCUCGCUCGCACUAAUAGGAUGCCAGUACAAGCGAGAUGCAUAGAAAGUAGCUUAGCUAGCUAGCUAGCUAGCCACGCUAGCGAAUAUGUCAAUGUCAAACUAACUACUACUUACUGAUUAUGAAGACCACGGGCGAUAUGUGGAACUUCCCUCUUAUAAUUGGAUGUAUUAUGAUUCUUGAUGUAGGUACCUAGUGCUGGAAAUAAGAGGUGGGGGUAGGUGUGAGAGGUGAGGGUAAAUGGGGGCCUGAGUUUUGGGGUUGAGGGAUUGGGGCUCGACAAGUCAGGAUUUGAGAGGUUAGAGGGUUGCGGGGGCGGUGACUUGAUGUAUCGGGGACUGAGGGGUUGGGAGUUGAGGGAUCGGGUUUUAGGAGUUGAGCGGUCGGGGGUAGGAAAUUGAGGGAUUGGGGGUUAGGAUUAGGAGUUAAAGGCUCUGGGGUUGAGAGGUAGGGGAAUGGCGAUUGAAGGUUUGGUGGUUCGGGGUCGAGGGGUCCAGUGAUCAGGGGUUGAUGUGCUGUGACGUUGAGUGAUCGGAGGGUUGAGAGAUUGGGUCAGUGGUGGGGCGGAGGAUAGAUUUAGAGUAGUAGCAGGAAUGAUUUCCCAGACGGGCUCGAAGAAAAACCCUGAUUUUUCAUUAAAGUUAAUGAAUUUAGUGUUAAACAUAAUUGUGUUGUUCAUUCAAGCGGGUCGCGUCACUCAUAAGCUCUUAACAAUGCCUUAAAACUAAAAA